AAAAUUCUGCGCUCGGAAUCUUCAGAUGGCUGUGGAUGUUGUGUAUGCGAUUAUCUAGUUACUGUUUUGUUCCUAUGGAUAUGUACCUUUGCUAUGCCUCUUCAUGUAGAUCCACGUAAACACGAACUUCUGGAAGCUAGAAUUCAGGGAACUAACCAUAUAAGGUCAACCAAUAAUGCGCCUCGCUCCACAAAGUCUAAUUCGUAUGCUUCUGGAUAUAUGUUUCCAAUAACAGAAGAACCUUCCGGCACUCCAGAACACUCAGUUUUACGUGGUUCAUCCAGUCCAUUCAGUUCAGUCGGUGAACAUGACCUAAGUACCAGUAGCAGUGAGAUUAAACCGGUUUCCACAGUAGUUCCUUCAAUAUCAGUUGAAAUAAAUGAAAGAAUUCCGAGUGCACCAGAUCCAGGCAAAAAGUUGCAUAACCCGAAUUGCCAUAACACUAAUCGACUGGAGAUCACUAGUCCGGGUCUUAAUGUUCACAACUCUCAGAUCUACGUUCAGACACAAGAAGAUUAUGUGACUUCACCUACGACUCCAAAAAAAAAGAGAAUCCCUUCAAGUUCUGUAGGAGAGUCUGACAACACAUCAAAUGACGGUCUUCUUACUUCCCUCGUUAAAUCGGACGAUAAGUUGAUCGAAGCUUUGGCUCCUGGUAUCCCAGCAAAUCCUCUUGGUUCGCCCCAAGGCCUACAGUAUGUUUCAAGGUCGAACUCUAUUCACACCCCAACCACUGUUGCGGGCAACAGUCCUGUGAAACAACCCUAUACAUUUGUAGAGGAAAAAAAUGUUCCAUACCCCACAUUCCAGAUUUCUGUCCAACCAUCUGCAGCAUUUAUCGAAACAAACAAUCCUACACACCACUUAUCUCCUUCGAUAGGGCCACAUACUCCAACUCCUAGUGGACAAGGUGAUUCGUUGCCAUCCCGAAAUGGCACAAAGAAACGGCGAAAAUUAUUGAGUUCUGAUGAAGGUCAUACACCGAAACCUAAGAAAAUGGUUUGCCAAGAACGUGGUUCAAAGCGUAUCGAUGAAAUCUUUAAAUUCAUGCCUGGGCCAUUAUAUUCAUCCUGUGGUUCAACCAGUCCGACACAAAAUCCUCGUCUACAGAGUCCUUCCCCUACAGGUGCCCAUUCUCUUGAUAAUCAAAUGAUUGGAGUAAACCAUAAUUACAUCCCGUCGCUGAAUGAAGCUGUGACUACAAGCUGCGCAAGCAACGAUCAAAUGAUUAUUACUUCAGUAACAGGAGUUCAGUAUGCAAAUAAUGCAGCUACUUUCCAGUUGUCACCUGUCCGUGCCAGCAGUACAGCAAGUUUAAGUGAUAGCUCUGGUGACAAUCCUGUAUCGAUGGUUGGGUUAAGUAUGGUUGCGAACGUAAACGCGAAUCCAACUUCUUGUACAAUACCCUGCAAUGCUAAUCCAUUGCCUACUUAUUCUAACCUUCAGCUACCUGCUAAUCUUAAUUCAUCAUAUCCUCAAGUUGGACAGCCCAGUGUUGGCUAUCUAAGCUCUGGAUCCUGUCCAAAUAAUCCCAUGACAUCAAAUGUUCCAGCCAUUUCUGGGUCACCCACAAACAACUUCAGAUCUCAUGUCGGGGUGCAAACAGAUGAAACUGUCACUCCACCGUCAACUGCCGAAUGUGUGGAAGGUUCACAAUGCACAAACAUCACAACUUUGCAUAAUAAUCCUCCCUUAGUUACGACUGGUGGACCUGCUUCAUCUGUUCCACUAACUGCAGUUGAGAGUCUUCAGCGUCGAAUAGCUGACUUAGAACACGAAACUGUUGUUCAACGAGAGACCAUUACAAAAUUACAAGAUAAUGCCAUUCGUUCCCGCGAAAUGAUACGUGAAUUGCUGAUUGAAAAAAGUUUACUCGAAAGAAAGACUACACGUCAAAAAGUUAUGGAAAACCGUUUACGGUUAGGUCAAUUUAUCACCCAAAGACAGGGUGCUCAUUUUGAAGAGAAAUGGAUCGAAGGUUCAAGAUUUAAAGAAUUAGAUCAACGCCGUAAGAAUAUUGAACUUGUUCGUGAAGAGAUUGAACGUAAAAAGAAACAAUGGAAUAAGCGUAAACCAAAUGUUGGGGAUGCUAAAAAGAGUACUAAAUCUAAAUACGAUGAAGUCUCUGUGGAUGAAUUCUAUGAACAAUUAGAAAUUUAUGAUUUACGUAAACAAAUGCUUGUUAAAGAAGAUAAAGAAAUUCAAAUGGAAUUAGAGCGAUUAGAUCGAGAAAGAAAUUUACAUAUUCGAGAAAUUAAACGAAUUUCUAAUGAAGAUGCAUCUCGUUUUAAGGAUCAUCCAUUACUGAAUGAACGAUAUCUUUUGCUUAAUUUACUGGGUAAAGGUGGAUUCUCGGAAGUUCACAAGGGUUUCGAUCUCGUAGCUAAUCGAUAUGUCGCUUGUAAAAUUCAUCAGCUUAAUCCUUCUUGGCCUAAAGAUAAAAAAGAUAACUACAUUAAGCAUGCGUUAAGAGAGAUUGAAAUUCACAAGACAUUACACCAUCCGAGGAUAGUAAAAGUAUUCGAUGUGUUUGAUAUCGAUCAUGAUGCAUUUUGUACUGUACUUGAAUACAGCGAAGGUAAUGACUUAGAUUUCUUUCUUAAACAAAACAAAAGUAUUCCGGAACGCGAGGCCAAGUCGAUUAUAUGCCAAGUGGUUUCUGCUUUGAAAUAUUUAAAUGAACGUAAACCUCCUGUGAUUCAUUAUGACUUGAAACCAGGUAAUAUUUUACUUGGUUCUGGCCAAGUUGCUGGUGAAAUCAAAAUCACGGAUUUCGGUUUAAGUAAACUUAUGACAGAAGAUAAAUACAAUCCAGAGACUGGAAUGGAUUUAACCUCCCAAGGAGCAGGCACUUAUUGGUACUUACCACCGGAAUGUUUUGAGACAGGACGGGAACCUCCAAAAAUAUCUUCAAAAGUGGAUAUAUGGUCUGUUGGUGUAAUUUUCUUUCAGUGUUUGUUUGGAAAAAAAGUUAGUUUUCUGUAAUUUACCACUCAUUUUCAACAAGUUAUUACUGUUCUUAAAAAAAUAAUUAGUUAUUUUACAUUUAUACUGCCUACCUUUUUUCUAACUACAAAAUUUUAGUGACAGCAUUAUCUUUUCAUCGGAUAACCUAGCUUGAAGAAAUGAUCAGUUGCAAACAGUUGAAGGCCAAGAAAGACCAGAUAGCUAAACAGAAAAGUUUUAAAAUUGAGUUAAAUCCCCAUAGACCACGUAUUUAAAUGUAGCCAUUUAUUUACUAGUAAUGAUAAAUCUUGAAAUGAAUCCUUACAGUCCUACUGUUUAAUUGGUGACCAGUCAUAUCUACAUAACACAGUUAUAGCAGCGAUUUCAUGGAAUAAUCAUCUCUAAGUCGCUAGUUGAUCGAAGUUGAAAAGCAUAGCUAAUUGAGUUCUGAUAAUCGUUUAAUGUGUCGUAUUUGUCACGAAAAUUAAAGUUCCUUAUGUUAUUUUCCAUAUGAUGCAUUGCUAAGUCCCAAACCGAAAUAGACCAUUUGUCAGAUGAUUUCUGGUUUAUUCAUUUCAUGCCAUUCCAUGAUGAGAAAACAACUUUUUAUUUUAAAUUUUAAUAUCGAAGUAGUAUCAUUGAUAUAUAAGCAAUGAAUACAUUUUUCGUUUGUUUUUUCCCAACAUGUAGCCAUUCGGUCAUAAUAUGUCCCAAGCUGAUAUUUUGCACGAAAAUACAAUUCUUCAUGCACGAUCCAUUGUAUUCCCUUCCACUACAAAAGUUAGCGAUGGCGCAAAAGUAAGCCUAUUUUGCUCAAUUACUGUAAAAUUUCUCGUGUUGGAUUCACAUGCUUAGCUCACUUUCUUUUCCGUUAGUAGUACGUCACAUAAGUCAUUCAUCCUUGUCUUUUACUUCAUUGUUUGUUUUCUGUGUAUUAGAUAACCAAAUCUUGAUGCGGUUGGUAACUUACAAGAUGUUUCCGAUUAUGACCUAUUACCAUUCAUUAGAAUAGAUCUGCCUACAUUUCCUUGCAAUAUCUGCUGUUCGCGACCAUCAGAAAAAUACUAUGACCAUUCAUUCUCCACUAAACAGAGUUCCUUAUCUCUCAAAUAAGUGUUAACCAAGUUAAAUUUAUCAAUCCAUGGGAUUUAACUUAAAUCUGUAGACUAACAUAUACAGUACACAAAAAAACAAUUCAUCUUUUUUUCAUCAGGAAUACAGUCAAAGCACAGCUUAUAGUUAAGUGAUUAUGAUUUGGUUAUUUUUCUAAAUCCAUUGAUAUUUUAUUGGUAAUAGAUAGAUUGAGUAACAAUAUUAUUCGAGACACUUUUUAUCUCAUUAACCUGGCGUGUUGUACACUAGUGAUAUACAACUUCGCCAAAUAAUUCUGUGCGUAGGCAAGCAAUAUUAUCACAAAUGACCGGUUUAAAAUUUACCACAUCUCUUAUCAAAGUUUACACCCAGUAUUUGAAGUUGCCUCAUGAUACAUUUUCUCAUUAAUAAAUUGUGCUUAAAAUAUUCUUGCAAGUUUUUUUCCUUUUUUGUUAAUUCACUGGUUUCAUUUUUUUGUUGUUUUAGGAAUUUAUUCGAAAGUGUUGUACGUAUAGAAAAGAUCUCCGACCGGAUGUCUUUCAACUUAGCAACGAUGAUUAUCUUAAGCCUAAAGCUCAACUCAAACAUUAUCUCGAUACAUCUACACUCCCUGGUCCUGUCGGUGUCCCACUAAAUAUGGCUACUGCCCCGCCUUCAACUUGUAUUGAUCCCUCUAUCCCCACUCCUGGUAGCAAUCAGUGUAUAAUAUCUGGAUUUCCAACAAACAAUCCUGGAAAUUGCGCUGCCCAACCUCACCCACAACAUAUCCUUCAACAUCAACAGCAGGCCACAUCUUUCUCCGUGCUACAGAAUCAGGAAGCUACUCCAUCAUCACAACCUUCAACCUUGCCACCAUCAAAUCAGACAGAUUUUAUAACAAGACGUUGUAUUAGUUAAGCAAUAAUUGAACAUUAUAAAGCGAAUAUUACACUUCAUCUUUGUUGAACUAAUACAACGUCUUACCAUAAAAGUUUUCUGAUUUGUGAGAAUAUCGAGUCAUUUCAUCGCAAUAUUAGCGAUCAGCGAUGCUGCUCCUUAUAAUAGUUUAGACUAUGAUCAUUGAUCUCUGUCCCUGUGUGUGUAUUAUCAAUUUCUUUUCAAUGUUGAAGCGUAAUAGUCUUUCAUAUUCCCAAUAGGAAAGAUUAUUCUGGAAAUUUUAGUAGAAUAAACCGCUUUUGUCUUUAACCUAUGCGUGAUGUUUCAAUAGUAUUUGAAAUGAAGUUUCAUAAUAAUAUCUGUGUUCAAUACCAUAUGUUUGAUUAUAACAAGUAAUUCCAAGCACAAAAUCUGCAAUAUCUCUACAACUUCCCGUAUUACAUUCAUUCAACUUGUAAAUAAAAAAAUUUGUAUUAAAAAAUUUUAAACAGU